AACAAAAACAAGCAUCGUUUUUAAAAUUAAAAAUUCUCGAAUUUUUAUAUUUUACCAGAGAAGUUUAGCAGAAAUCGGAAGUAUUGUAACCGGAACCACCAUGAGUCGGCCACCGGUAUCCUGUGUGAAGUGGGUCGACUUCAGCGAUCACAUGUUUGAUACCUUCCUGAACGUCUACGCCCAGGGGCUGUUCACGGACGUAACGUUGGUGGUGGCCAACGGAGGUCAGCUGAAGGCUUGCCGGAUGGUACUUUCGAUGGCGUCAAAGUUUUUCGAAGAUAUUUUCGUGACCGCUUUCGGUUCGAUGGGUUUAGUUGGGGGAGAAAUGGUUGGAGGCAUGGAACAUGUUAUAAAAAUCGUUAUUCCGGAUGUGAGUUAUGCUGUGAUGAAGCACGUUCUACAUUUCAUUUACACCGGAGAAGUUCAGAUGAAUGCUCGAGAUAUGUCUGAUUUUUUCGAGGCUUGUCAAAUGUUCCGAUUGAAAGGACUGGACUAUACGAAUGGGAACAUAAGUGGAGUAAAGAUUGGAGGUUCGAAUAUAAUCACAACCGAACAGUACGAUUACGAGGAGUUGCAGGAUGAUGUUUCGUUUACUACUGAGGAUCCGACCACGGUCGAAGGAUUAGCGAUAGAAGAAACAGACGUGACCGUUGCUGUCGAUAGUAUGACGACCGAAGGAGAUGUUCUGCAAAAAAUCAUAAAAGUUGUGCAGCCAGAACCGGAAACGGAGAAGAAAAGCGCUUCCGAAGUAGAAAAUUUAACUUCGUUUUAUGAGGUUCAACUGAAUAUGGGAGACUUGACCGCAACCGCAAACGAUGCUUCUAUAGCGAAAACAUCAGUUUUAGACUCAUUUGACAUGGACAGCGAAGAUAUGACACCGGAAACGAGUGAUUUCCUUACACCAAGUUUUGACAACGAUAAUGAUGGAGGAGAAUCUUCUUCAGCUGGACAGAGUUCGAACAAAAAGCGUAUAAAAAACUGCGAAUAUGGGGAACGUUUGGAGGAGGCCAUCGAAUCAAUCGUGCAAGGAAGAACCAGCUUUCGAACAGCAUCGAUACAGUAUGGGAUCCCUAAAACGGUACUCUGGCGCAAAGCUAUCAAGGUUCCAAACUACAAAGCCGAACGACAGGACAUCCCCUCGCCGAGGAAAGAAGCUAUCGAGGCUUUGAAAUCCGGUGAAAAACUGCUUACUAUCAGUAAACGAUUCGACAUUCCACUGUCCACCUUGCACCGGGACAAAAUGAAGCUAUUCCACGAAGGAACUCUACCGGAAAAUGUGGCUCUAAUGCAGAGAGAUAAAGGCAGUGAUUUUAAGGACCGUGUAUUCGAGGCCGCCUUGCAAUGUCUGAACGGCUCGUUGUCCCAAUCUGAAGCGGCCAAGUUUUACAAGCUGCCUAAGACGACAAUCUGGCGCAAGAUAAGAUCGCUUCGGUCGACGUCUGGGUCAGAUGCGGCUAGCUGCUCGACGAAAAUCGAAAACCAAACAGACGAAACGCAAUGCAGCAGCGAACGGAUAACGAAACUGGGGCUGAUUGAAAUGUUGGAUGACCAAGAAUCGGAACCGCUAUCGGAAGAUGACGAAUCGUUAGAACCGGAGUACGUCGUGUUGGUCUGACGUUGGUAUAGGGUAGGUGAAUAAAGUGGUAUAUUGUACGUACGUUUUAAUUAAUUCGAGAUAGAUAGUAACGAAUUGACCUUUACGGUAAUCUACGCAUGGUUCAGAUGUGAACAUUUUGGUAUUUCAAUUUUGCGCAUAACUCAGCUGAAUUAUUUUCGUUGGUACGACUACUUUAAGAAAUAUUGUUUAAUUACGGUUAUUACAAGUAAGUGGAACGUUCGAAGUAUUCAAUUGCGACAGCUCUUAUACCCAGACGUU